AUGCUUUUGGUCCUUGGCCCACCCAUCGGUCCCAAUGCUUUUGGUCCUUGGCCCAUCGCUUUUGGCCUCGUGUACAUUAAAUGUAAAUCACAAUAUGUAUUAUCAGAUGCAGGAGCUGAGGAUGAUGAAACCAAAGAUCCGAAUGUCUCAAAACUGGUUGGUGGUACAAAACGGCGGGUUGUAUCCAACCCAAAGACAUCGACGAAUCCAAAGCCUCCAGCCAAGCAACCUAGGACGGCUUCUACAAACAGCUCAAGCACCAUUGUUUUGUCCUCUGACAAUGAGGUGGUAAUCACAAAGGUUACCCAAGGCUCCACUAAGAAAGAUCAAAAGCAGAUCCAACAAAUGAAAGUACUCACAUUGUGCCCAUUAUCAACCGCAAAAAUACCUGCAAGUGAUGCAAGACGAUUUGGCUGGAGAGUGGUCGUGUUAGAUUGGCAGAAGCUCACUGGGCUGCUGCAACUUGCAAGGACAAAACUUACAAUCUCACAAAAACUACUCAGUUGA